AUGUCGGGAUUUUUUUUCUGGCCACUGGUCUUUCUUCUGCUAUCGCUUCUGCUGGGUUCUUUUCGGUUAGACGUCGCACCGUCAUUUCCUGCGACAUACGUCGAGAGCGGAGUGAACGGUUCUUUUGAACGGGUUGGAUUUCCUGAUCCUGAUCCAAACGGACACCCUGAUACCACCGCGGUGAUUCUGAACUGGUCUCGGUUUACCAACGUCGUCAAAAUAGUUUCUCUGCUUUGUGGUCCUUCUCUUGAAAAUACAAUCCAUACCGUAUUUGUGUGGAACAACAGUCCGAAUCAAAUCUUCGAAUUUGACUUCGCUCCAUGUACAGGGAGUAGGCUAAGGGUGUACAAUGCACCUGAUAAUCUGUAUUUCCAAGCCAGAUUUAUGGCAUGUGCUCAAGUCUCGACACCUUUUUGUUUUGUUCAGGAUGAUGACUACAUAGUAUUACCGGAAGUCAUCCUUGCGAUGCGCGCACGUAUGUCUUCGUCAUCGAAGACAGGUAUACAUUUGCUGCCUGCACACGAAUUACUAUCAAGUCAACUGCGAAGACUUGACGUCGGAUCAAGCAUCCACACAUCCUUCGCUUGGCUCGGCCAUGGAGCAAUAUUUCCUCGAUCCCUUGCUGUGGAUUUCUUAUCUCUUUUGAGGCUUCUUCAUCUCACAGAAGAUGAAAUGAAGAUGGUGGACAAUUACUUUACAAUCUUACGCAAUGAGUAUCCAGAAGUCUGGUUUGAUCAGGGUAUUGAACUCCAGGGCGGCAAGCCAUUUACUGUAGGCACCGAAGGGAACGAACGUAAUCGAAAACAUAUCAACAGGGCUACGGAGUUGCUUUCCUCGAUUAUUGCCUGCGAGAGGACUCCCUGUCUACCCGGUGUUGGAGAUAUUCCGUAUAUUCAGUACAGUUUACCGUCUUUGCCAAGGACAUCUGUCUCUCGCACGUCUUGCAGGGGACUGCCUUGUGUUCUAGAAACCUCAAUCAGACUUCUUCCUGAGAUAGUCGAUGUAUCUUCUGCGGACGUCUUCACUCGAGAAGACAGCAGUCUCUUGUUGGAAGAAGAUACAAAGCACUAUCUGCUCUACCCUCUGUCUCAUGCAGUUGAUACUCGAGCGGAUACCGCUUUCCGCAGCUUAACAGGUGGAAAAAAAGGGGAUGCAAUAUCUCUAGAUAUGCUACGAGACCUGGAUAGUGCCUGGACAGAAAUUCACAUGGUGAUUUUGACGGAUAAUGCUACGGUGGCGAUUCUUCAUAAGUCGCAUUUUGAAAUGUACUCCCCUUUCACCAAGUCAUGGGUGUCUACAAUCCAUAAUAUGUCCUGCGUCGACAUAGCAGGCAGAACAUACGCCCCAGCGGCUAUGAGAGAGUGUAGUAUCCGUAUGUCGUCACCAGAAUUCAGCGACAAGAGGCAUUUAUACGAGGUCAAUGGGCAUUCUUUCAGAGUUAUGCUUUCAGAUGACAUGGAUGAUUCAGAAAAGUGGUGUAUCUACGAGAUAUGGAUGCGUGGUAUUGCCAAGCAGUAG